ACUUGACUGAAGAUUUAAAGUGUUCAAGAGAUCAAGCGAAGUCGAAACGAGUUUCGAUUUAUCGACGAUUUCAUCAGGAAGGUUUAAGAAGAGUCAAAUGGCAAGGACUCUCACAUGUCUGAUGGCUCUCAACAUGUCACAAAUAGAAAGGUUAGUAGUGAGGCCGAUCGGAGACAUGCUUACCGUGGAAGACGAUGAUUUUACGAUGAAAAGCGUCGGCGAAGAUUAUCAAGAUAUGUCGGAAUGCAACACGGAAUUUAAAAAGAGAAUUGUACCCGUAGUUACCAUAGAAGAAACGGAAGAUAACGUAUCUCUCGAUGGAAAUCUAACCUAUGAUGAUGGCGUGAAAAAGUGGGACCAGAUUUCAGUGCAUCAAACGGGGAUAUUAGUGGAAGAAUCGUUUGAAAUCGAGGAAAAUCCACAUAUUGACAUUAAGGAAAAAGAAGAGCGGAAGGAAGUAAUUAAUUGGAGAUUGGCUCCGGUAGAUCAUUCAGCAGUAGAAUGGAAUAGGGAUGAGGUACAAAUGGAUGAGGUACAAAUGGAUGAGGUACAAAUGGAUAAGCCAUGCACCGAGCAAUCGCAUGUGGAACAGCCACAUACGGAACAACCACGUGCGGAGCAACCACAUGUGGAGCAAUUACGUGUGGAAGAACCAUGUGUGGAGCUGCUACGUGCGAAACAACCACGUGUGGAGCUACUACGUGUGGACGAGUCGCGAGACCUGCGAGUAAUCAAUCCUGUGGCAAUAACACCGAGCAGUACGUUGCAAACACAGAAUGGUGAGUUUAGAACCAUUGAGGAAAUAAAGGAAGAGGAGGAACGGCUAAUGACGGAAAUCGAAAAAAGAGGCGAGCUGCAGAAAACGAUUAAUGAAAGGGUAGCAAGAAUUAAAAGAAUGCGUGAGUUUUUGGAAAAAUUCGAUGACAUUGAAGAAACUGAGGCUAAAGAGGAGAAUGUAGAGAUGGAGAAACGACUAAAUGAAGCGAUAGACGCUUACUUGACAGCAGGUGGGCAAAGCAAAAGUUUCAGCGAUAAAUUCACAAUAGUGGACAACAACGGACAAAGCACGUGCGAAGCGUCAAUGGUUGUUACAUUAAAGAACAAAAGACUGAGGAAGAACAUCCAAGAAAGUAAAAUGUAUCGGAUAACAUAUGAUAUCACAGGAUCUGAAAUAAAUCGAUCGUACUGCGUGUUUACGAGCGACGAUACUACAUCACGGACAAACAAAGCUAGAAAGACAACGGAGACGAGGACAUCAGAGAUAAUAACGCGAUCGAUGAACUUAAGAAGAAAUUUAUCAACAAAGUCAAAUUCGAACAAAGCGGCGCAGGUCAGAAAAAGGGAAAAGAGAAAUACACAAUGGUCACUGAAGAAUAGAAAGCGAGCUUACAAAUCGAAAGAACGAAAAGGGAGAGAUCCAAUGACAAUUGUGAGGAAUGAAAAGGGAAGGUUCGUGAAGAAAAAAGUUGUAACGAAAAAGUGAAAAAGCGCUUCCAACAGCUGACGAGAAAAUGAGCGAGUUUCAGAAGAUGCUGCACCAUCGGCGCAGCCGAUAAGGUCAUCUCUUCUUUUUCUUGUUCUUCCUCUUUGUCUUCUCCU